CAGAAAUGAGUACCCAAAACCAGCUAAUCUUUUAGGAAAUUUAUGAAUUUAUUCCAGAAAAUUGUAUGUUCAGUGCUGGGGAUGCUAUUUAGCUGGUAAUCCGCUGCCGAAUAUCAAAAUCGCGGAAUUUCAACUCCAUCACUAUUUUCUCAUGCGUAGACCAAUCAGCUGUUCGUUGUGUCUGAUUUUAUAGUGUGAAUUGUACAUUAUUUGUUUGUUAAGUUAAAUUACUUGCAAUGCAAUUUAUUUUUAAAAUCGAAGACAAGGACCUUGUGCCGGCGGCUGCCAGCCAUGUGAUCAACCCGCACAGUUCAUUGCAGCCUCAGCAGCCCGCAGUUCUGGUGGAGCCGAAGGAUGCACAACAUGAAAUUAAGUUGCAAAACAUUGUGGCCACCUUCUCCGUGAACUGCGAACUGGACCUCAAGACCAUCAAUUCCCGGACCCGCAACUCGGAAUACUCGCCCAAGCGUUUCCGCGGCGUUAUCAUGCGCAUGCACUCACCCCGCUGCACGGCGCUCAUCUUUCGGACAGGUAAAAUAAUAUGCACGGGAGCCCGCAACGAGAUGGACGCGGACAUUGGUUCCCGCAAGUUUGCGCGCAUUCUCCAGAAACUGGGCUUCCCGGUUAAGUUUAUGGAGUACAAGCUGCAGAAUAUUGUGGCUACGGUGGACCUGCGCUUCCCCAUACGCCUGGAGAACCUCAAUCAAGUGCACGGCCAGUUUAGUUCCUACGAACCAGAAAUGUUUCCCGGCCUCAUAUACCGCAUGGUCAAGCCGCGAAUUGUGUUGCUGAUAUUUGUCAAUGGCAAGGUGGUAUUUACGGGUGCCAAGUCACGGAAGGAUAUCAUGGACUGUCUAGACGCCAUUUCGCCUAUCCUGUUAAGCUUUCGGAAGACGUAAACGAAGCGUUCUGCUGGGGGUUGGUUAUUAUUGCGGGUACUUUAAGAACAUUUUUAUACGCCUUUUUACGAACAAUGCCAUUAUUUAGAUGUGUAGCUACUAUGAUUAACUUUCAUAAGCAAUAUACAUAUGUACAUACAUACAUAUGUGCAUACUUACAUACAUAUAUGCAUGCAUUUCCAUUCUACAAA